CACUGCACUGCUAACGAUCACACUAAGCGAUUUCGGUUUAAUUCGGAAUUGCCAGAAAGUUGAAACUUUAACUACAUUUCCUAUCCCGUGUCGCUCUACAACUCCGGAAGGAGCGCCCCAACUCCUUUAGAGGGAAUAGGGCGGAGUCGUCACGAGGACAACGACCCGGCUUCCUAUUGGCUGGCUCCGUGUGACUGGCAGAUGUCCGCACGGGUAAUCAUUCGCUGAAAAGGAAUCCUCGGCCGUUCAACCGUCCGGGCGCGCGAUCGCAUUUCCUUUGCGGGGGAUCGGUUUACGUUUGUGCGCAGGUGCUAUAGCUACUUCUACCUUCGGUGGGCGAUUUUCAAGUUCGUGUUUAGAUUUUCUAGAUUGACCCGGGGUUGAAGCAUUAGACAUGGUACUCCAGGGAGCCAGACUGAAUGGAUAAAGAUGUAUGACCCUACAGCAAAGGAUCAAGAACAUCAAAAUCUGGGUGCAUCUGUCAACAACAUGGCUGAAGAUCCAAACAGGAAAGAAAAUCCAGUGUCCUCGAUUGAAAUGAAAAUAGACACAGAUCCGAACUCCACAAUCACUGAGUUCUUGGCGAAGUGUGAGGAUUACCAGCUCUUCCAGUUCACAAAAUUCUUCUGGGACAGACUAGAACAAGCGAUGGAAGAUUGUGUGGAUGGACUCAGUUCAUUGUUAACAUACAAGAGGAUUUUCAAUGGACAGGAGCAUCAGAAAAUCAUUGAGCUUGUGGAGAAGCAGAUCCGGGCCGACAGUUCCAAACUGCUUCUAAAACUGGUGAUGGAGAAAGGUUCUUGGGCCCGAAGGGUGAUGUGGGAAUCCUUUGUGAGAAUGCGCCACGUGUUACCAAAGUUGGACAAAAUACUGAAACAAGUACAGGAGUUUGGUUCUAAUCCAUUUGAUGCAAUGGAACAUGCUCAAGGUUUAUCCGAAAUACCCGGUCAUCUGAAAGAUGCUCAACAGAAACAUAAAGAGAUGCUGCGGGUACAAACUGAAACACUGAGAGUGAACACUGUCCAAGUAAAGGAGAAGGUGAAGAUUUUCCAGCUAGUUGAUCAAUAUGCUGAUCUCACGGUCAUUUCUACUGUUCGGGAUCGAAUUCUAGUAGAACAUGAGCUGCUGGCAAGAGGCCGAGACCAUGAAGAGUGGCGAGAGAAAUUCCUCUGGAGAGGACUGGAAAAAGUCCAAACUAAUCAGCUGUUCCAGAGGAGGUUUUCCCAGACAAAUUUCAGUUCAGGGAGUACAGUGGCACUGAGUGGGGUACCAGGGAUUGGUAAAACAACAAUGAUACAAAAGAUUGUUUAUGACUGGGCCAUUGGGAAGAUCUACCAACAGUUUCAAUUUGUCUUCUAUUUCAAGUUCCGAGAUUUGAAUACUAUUAACUGUAGUAUAAACCUGGAAAAUCUGAUACUGGAUCAGUAUCCUUAUUUUGGGAACAUUCUGGGAAAUCUUUGGAAGAAACCGGAGAGUUUACUGUUUAUAUUCGAUAGUUUGGAUGAAUUCAAGGGGAGGAUUGAUUUUACUGACAGUCGGAGAAAUACAGGAUCGCAGUCCACGUGCACAGAUCCCGAAUGCUGGUGUGAAGUGUCUGACAUUGUGUACGGUUUAAUCCAGCACAAGCUGCUUCCAGGGUGUUCAGUGUUAGUGACCACACGUCCCACUGAGUUAUGUUUAUUGGAAAAGGCUGAGAUCGCUGUCUGGGCUGAAAUCCUAGGAUUUUCUGAUGAUGUUCGGAAGGAAUAUUUCAACAGGUUUUUUGAAGAUAGGACAGUGGCAGCAGCUGUUUAUAAACACGUGAAAGAGAAUGAGAUCUUGUACACAAUGACCUAUAAUCCUUCAUACUGCUGGAUCCUCUGUCAGUCACUGGGUCCUUUCCUCUCACAAUCUGACGGGAAAGAGCAACGAGUUCCCAAGACCAUCACUCAACUAUAUUCCUACUAUAUUUACAACAUUCUGAAACACCAUGGCCGAAAAAUUGAAAACCCUCGUGAUGUGAUACUGAAGCUUGGUGAGAUGGCCUUCAAAGGAGUCUCUGAGAAAAACAUUGUGUUUAGAAAUGGAGAACUGAUCCAGUACAGUCUGCAACCUUCCCAGUUCCUGUCUGGGUUCCUCAUGGAACUUCUGGAGAGGGAUGAUUCAGUCCAGACUGUGGUUUACACAUUCCCACACCUCACCAUCCAAGAAUUUGUAGCUGCACUUGCACAGUUCUUGACUCCAAAUCCCAGGGACAUCCAGAAACUCCUCAGUGAUGCUCACAGUAAGGCAGAUGGCCGUUAUGAGAUAUUUCUCUGUUUUGUUGCUGGCCUGACCUCCCCACAGGCAGCUUGGCCCCUGGAGGAGUUUCUGGGUCCAUUUCUUCAUCAAACAACCUGCCAAGUGAUUGACUGGUUGAAGAAGAUAGGCGAAGGACAGAUUCGAAACACAGGGAGCAAAACCGAUAAAAGGGACCUUCUGAAAAAAUUGCAAUACCUUUUUGAAUCUCAGAAUAAAGCAUUAGUUCGGUCCGUAGUGGGAUCCAUGAAAAUACUUGUGUUUAGUGGACUUCAUUUGACACCAGUGGACUGCUUUGUUGUGUCACAUGUCAUUGGUCUGUGUGACACAGUAAAACUCCUUGAUCUCGAGAACUGUUAUAUUCAGCAUGAAGGAUUGCAGCGACUGGGCCCCGUACUGUACAAAUGCCGGGAGUUGAGGUUGAGAAGCAAUGAUCUCAGAGAUCAAGGAAUGAAACUGUUAUCUGAAGCGCUGAAGAACCCGGAUUGUCAAAUAGAAAAACUGCAGCUGAAUGAUAAUAGUCUCACAGAUUCUUGUGCCCAGGAUCUUGCCUCGGCUCUCAGUACCAACCAGUCACUGAUAAGUCUAAAUUUGGGUGAAAAUAAAUUGGAAGAUUUAGGAGUGAAACGACUGUUUGUGGUUCUGAGAAAUGUGAACUGUAAACUUCAGGAACUGGUGCUGCUUGAUAAUCAUCUCACACAUUCUUGUAUCGAAGAACUCGCUUGCACACUCAGUACAGUUCGGUCAUUGACUGUUCUUAACCUUGGUAACAAUAAACUGGGAGAUACUGGAGUGAAACUGCUGUCUGUGGCAUUGAGCAAUCCGGCUUGCAAAAUUGUGAACCUGGGUCUAUGGGGUACCAGUCUCUCGGAUUCUUGUACCAAAGAUCUUGCCUCUGCCCUCAGUACAAACCAGUCACUGACCAUUCUGAAACUGGGAACAAACCUCUUCACGGACCGAUCUGUCCCAGCCAUCAGCCGUCUCAUUCUGGACAGUAAGAGUUUGGAGCGGAUUGAACUGUGGGAAAAUCAGUUCACUCCAACUGGAAAGAGACACCUGGAGUCACUGCAGGAAUCCAGGCACAGACUGAAGGUGAUUGUGUGAACACUUCAAUGCAUAAAUAGCUGUGCUCUCAACAGUGUCACUGUGCCAGAAGACCACUGUCCCUGAUCCUGGAUCAGAAGGUCGGACCCAUCUGCAAAGGAGGGGUUAGAGACUCGUGCUUUUCCUCCUAGAAUGUGCUUUUGCAAAGGAAGUCUGGAGAGACUUGCCAUGAUUCUUGUCGAGGUUCAUUCCAAGCAGCUUUGUGACACAGGACUCUGUGGUCUGUUCUUCGGGAUGCAUGGCAAGGCAACAAUCAGCUGUGCCUGGAAGACCAUCAACAUGGUGAAAGAUGCUCUUUGGUCUACCCAAAGUUGACCUCAACCAAUUGUUGCAGAUUGGCACAUUCCAAGGUCCAGAACUACAUGCUGAAGGAUGCACUAAAUCUUGGGGCAGGUGCUGCCAAGGUGCAGUGGGGAAAGACCACAAUCUAAUCUCCUUCUGCUAAAGUGCAAUGGGGGUUUGUUCUGUUGUCAGACCCUCUUAUCGGCUCCAAAUGUACACAAAUAGUGUCGAGCAGUAGUAGGAAAUGCCUUGGUCUUGCAGCUGCAGGCAAUGAGAAAUUCUAAUGUUUGUUCUUCCUUUCUAUGCAAAGACUGUGAAGAACCACUU